AUGGCAACUCAAGUGAAGGCUCUCGGUUGGGGUGCCACAGACUCAUCGGGUAUUCUCUCUCCUCUGGAGUUCACCCGGCGGGCCACCGGCAGCCGUGACGUCCAGUUCAAAGUCCUCUACUGUGGUGUCUGCCACUCGGAUCUCCACCUCGUCAAAAACGAUUGGGGAUUUGCCAAGUACCCUAUGAUACCCGGCCACGAGAUCGUCGGCGUUGUCACCGAGGUCGGAUCCGAGGUCGAUAAAUUCAGGGUCGGCGACAAGGUCGCCGUCGGCGUCAUGGUCGGAUCGUGCCGUAAAUGCGACCAGUGCGAGAGCAAUCUCGAGAACUAUUGUCCGGAGAAACUGGACACCUACAAUGGCGUCCAGGCCGACGGAUCGAUAACCUACGGCGGCUAUUCAGAUCUGAUGGUCGCCGACGAGGGCUUCAUCAUCCGCUGGCCGGAGAAUUUUCCGAUGGACCGCGGCGCCCCGCUGGUGUGCGCCGGGAUCACAACCUACAGCCCGCUGAGGUACUACGGGCUGGACAAGCCGGGCCUCCACGUUGGGGUUGCCGGGUUAGGCGGGCUUGGCCACGUGGCGGUCAAGUUCCUCAAGGCCUUCGGCGCCAAGGUGACGGUGAUGGACAUCGCGCCGGAGAAGAAGGCGUACGCCCUUGAAACCCUGGGCGCCGAUCAAUUCCUGCUGAGCCACGAGCUGGAGUCGGCUAAGGGAACUCUGGACGGAAUCCUCGACUGUGUAUCGGCUUUUCACUCGAUUCAGGCUUAUUUGAGCCUUUUGAAGCCGCACGGGAAGCUGGUGGUGGUGGGGUUGCCGGAGAGGCCCCUGCAGCUGCCGAUGUUCUCGCUGGCGACGGAGAGGAAGAUGAUUGGUGGGAGUAUGAUUGGAGGGAUUAAGGAAACGCAAGAGAUGAUUGACUUUGCAGCGAAGCAUAACAUUUUGCCUGAUGUUGAGAUUAUAUCAAUGGAUUAUGUCAAUACGGCCAUGGAGCGGCUGGCGAGAGCCGACGUCAAGUACCGAUUCGUGAUUGAUGUUGGGAACAGUUUGAAAUCUCAAGAUUGA